GAUGACUAUGACCUCUCGAGCGCGAGGGAUUUGCGGGACUUCAUUGUGGAGGCCAACAUCCGGCAAAUCCCGUGGAGGUACUUGUGGAAGUUGCACAAGGAGGAAAAACGAAUUCUAAGACGCCAGGAGUGUGAGGAGGAGAUCUGUGAAGAUGGCCGGUCCGCACUGGUCACUCUCCAGGAGAUGACAGGCUGGAACAGCGAACAGGAUGCUCAUAUCAUGAGUGUUUCCCAUUGCUGGGAAACUCGUGAGCAUCCCGAUCCCUGUGGUCACCAGCUAGCACAAGUUGCCAACUACACUGCGCUGCACUAUGCAGCUCAUGGUGUUCCCAUCUGGCUUUUCGUGGAUUACAUGAGCCUGUUUCAGUACAGACGGCAUGCUGCAGAGCAUGAGGACAGCUUCCGAGCUGCCAUGAAUAACAUGCAUGUGUUUUAUUCGCAUGAUAAUGCGUACACAUUGCGCGUGGAGGGCCUGACGCCGCAGAGUUUGUGGGACAAGUGCUGGGAGAGCAGGGUGUCUGUCUACGAUGAGGCCAGCAAAUCCAUGGCAUCAGUUUCGGUGAAAGAUCUCACUCACAAUUCCACGCCUUAUCACGAGCGAGGCUGGUGCAGAGCUGAGCUUGAAUGGUCCAGUUGCCGGAGUCAGAGCGCCCGAAACCGCCGCAUUGAUGUAGAGAGCAGCUCCGAUCCAACUGGAAAGGAUCCGCCCAAAGAGGGUAUUGAACGAUUGGGGGAAACACAUCUUUGCCGCAAAAAGGGGAGAGCUCCAAAGACCCCAAAGGCCUUCAAGGCCCAGGUGGAAGACCUGAAAUUUACCCAUCGCAGUGACCUGGAGCCGGUGCUCCUCCUGCAGGAGAAGAUCUACCAGCAGAAGGUGUCCCACUGUGAGGCGGCCACGUUUGAGCACCUUUCGGGGGCCGAAGUGUUGGCUUUGGCGGCGGCGCUGCCAGACUUCAGCAUGCUCAGUGCUCUGGGAAUUCGGCAGGUCACCUGCAGCGCAGAGGAUAUGACCACCCUCAUAGAGGCUGUCAAGCUGACUUCUGUGACCGAUUUUGAGCUCAGCUUCAUUGAGGGAAAAGAGUGUUCCAUGGCUGCAGCCAAGGCCCUGUCUGAAGUGCUACGGGACGACUGGCCUCUCCUGGCUUUGACCCUGCGUAGCAACAAGGAUUUCAAGGACGGCGAUGCAGCGAAGGUCCUGGCAGAAGGACUGCGAACCAACACGAAGCUCCUGAGCCUCGAAGUCUCCAGCAUGAGUCUGCCUGAACAUGAGUCAAUGUCAUGUGCCGGCGUGCAGGCAUUCGCGAAAGUCUUGGCCGAAAACCGCAGCCUUCAGAGCCUCAACCUUGACGGCAACGAAAUCGGAGACCCGGGAGCCCAGGCACUGGCCAAUGCCCUGGAAGGGAACUCAAGCCUGACAAGCUUGAGUCUGAAGAGCCAUCCAGACAACUACCAGGCUUGCAAGGCGUUCUUCAAAUUUGACUAUGGCAUGAUCCGUCGCCGCGACGGGUUCUCGUGCAUCAUUGGGGACGAGGGGGCCCAGGCACUCGCCUCAGCUCUGGGGCGUAACGUGGCCCUUGCACAUCUGGACUUGGGUAUGAACGCGAUCAAAAAUGCAGGUGCCGAGGAGUUGGACAAGGCAGUGGGCCACAACAGCCGGAUCACUUGCAUCAAUCUCAUAAAGAAUCCCAUUACAGCUGAGCAGAGUUUCAGCGCGACGUUGCAGUUAGAUGAAUCUUCGGCCUUUGAGGCGCAGGAAGGAAGUCCAGGCCGUAACCGUCAAUGCCCGCAAUUCCAGGCCCUGGCGCAAAAGCUGGAAGCCGAUGCCGCGGCUCUUGAGCUGGAUCUGUCUAAGCACAGCAUGGAGCUCCCCCAGGUCGUCGCCUUGGCCAAAGCCCUGGAGGUGAACACCACCCUUCAAUCCCUCAAGCUGCGUCAGUGCCGACUGGGAGCCGAGGGAGCGAAGGUCCUGGCAAAUGCCUUGAAGUCGAACCGAUGCCUCCUGAAGCUCGACAUCGGUGGCAACUGCCUGGGAGCCGAAGGAGGGAAGGCCUUUGCCACGGCCAUGGAUGAGAAUCGGACCCUCCAAGUGCUACACAUGGGUGGCAGCGGUCUUGGAGAUGAUGGAGUGGAGGCCAUCACUGAGGUUCAGGCUGCUCUCGAAAGGCUGCGCAUUGCUACAGGUUCUGCCUGUGCUGCCGCUUCUGAUUGGGAGGUGGUGUCCGAGCCAGGGCCAGAGGAAGAAAGGGAUCAUAGGGUUCCUAGACCUUCCCUUAGGGCCGCCCUCUCCGACCCGGAGCCCGUGUCCUCGCGCCACGCUGGCGCUGCCGCAUCCUCCUCUGCCGCUGUUCCUCAGACAAGGGCCGAGAUUGCAUCUGCUUUCCCUGAGUGCCCUCAGUUUUGCCUGGACUUGUGCCGCACCCUUUCUUCGCCUGCAUUGCCUGCCGAAGGCCGAGCCAAGAGAGCUUGGACCUGUGGCUGCUGGUUCAAGGCGGUCUUGGAGGGCCGCGUUGCCACUCCGUCUCCUGCUCCUGUGCUGGCUCUGCGGCCUACUGUGUACAUUGUGUUGCGGGCUGCUUCUGUCUCCAGCCCCUGCCGCUUCUCCACCUUCUCCAGCUUCAAGCGCGUGGUCGGCAGCCUGGAGGGCACCGACACCCUGUGCCAGAGCUUCCCAUCAGCCGCUGAGGCCAGAGUCUUCUGCCUCCUCCUGGCCUUGCCUCCAGAUUUUGCAGACAUCCUGGAGGCGAAUUCUGCAGACCCUUCGCCUUCUCUUCUGCCUGGCCCCUUUCAACUGGCCGCCGUUCCCGCUACAGAAGAGGACGACGCAGGGGAGGAGUCCCUGGUUGGCAUGGACCUUCCCAUAGUUCUCGUGGACAUGGACGAAGCCAUCCUCCCGUCCAUGAGGCUGUACGAUCCGGUGACCGACAUCGGAUUGCUAGAAACUUUCAUGGGCGAACUGCCCCACUUGUAUCCAGCCUCGGAAGGCCUUUUGAGUGUGGCCCGGCAGUGGGUCAGCCAAGGGACCACCCCUUUGCCCUACUUGUCGGCGCAGGAGCAGGAAGAUCCGCCUCCUUCUGGAAUUGCUGCCGCGAAAAAGGCAGCGGCAAAGAAACGAGUAACCACCGCGCAGCUUGCGGAUCAAGUGACGGCUCUGGCCACUGUUCUCCCGGAGCUAAUGGAGCAGAUGAAGCAGCUGAGUGCUCGCCAGGACCGGGUCGAAAGAGAUCCCCUCCCAGUUCGGGAGUCUCCUGCCGUGCCCCCGCAGCAGCAGGCCUUCGCCAUGGCCGGCGACGUGUCUGGGCCUCGGACAGCCUGGACUUGGGAGCUAGCCCUCCGCUUCUGUGUUCUUCCUCUCAAUGCUGCAGAAUGCUCACCGCAAGAUGUUUCCUGCUCUGCCUGUGCCUUCCAGUGUCGAGGAAGUGAAGGAUCAGGGGCGCCUCUCUCUGGUGUCGUACGUUUCGGUGGAUACGCCUAUGAAAAGGACCUAGGCCUGGUUCUCCUCCUCCUAGCCUAUGUAGGGGACGCCUUGGCCCAGGGCGACGUGAGAGGUGCGCAAGAGCAUAUAGCAUUGGCAAUGAUGAGCGUAGAGCAAGCUGCUUGCGACGGGGGAAAAUGGGACCUCGCUUUCUUGCUGUCCCUGGUGCAAGAGCCGUCGCCCACGCUCUUUCAAGCCCGGCCAAGCAGCGGCCAGCAGUCCCAGUGCUUUGCUUCCAACAGAGACUUCUACCACCAGCUCGCCGUUCCGGUCGAGCGUGCCCGCACCAACAGGCUCGCACCUGCCUUUGAUGUGUCCCUCUUCAAUGAGGACCCUGCUUCGCAAGACCUUAACGAGAAGCCAGGGGCGAUCACCUCUCCAAGUGACCACCUCGGGGUGGAGAUAGCCUGUUCUGCUCACGAGGGCUUCCUUCAAACUUACGACCUCCUACACCCCGAGCACCGCGUGUUGGUGAGAGUGCCUUUAGCCGACCAGACCUCCUACGAUGGCCUCGUCAUAGACGAUUAUUUCUGUGUCCAAGGUCAGCGCCAGCUUGCUGCCGACUUGGGCCCCGCCACGCCUACCGAGGCUCAACGCAUGCUGACAAGGGCUCUCCUCGCGUACAAGGACCACGGUAUCCUGGGUGCCCCCGAGAAGGACCAGGUCAACUUGACAAAGGCCAAGGUGGCGGGAGCCGAGAUAGAUACUUCUGAGCCUACCCUCCGCCAAGGUGUCGCGACGGUCUCGGCCCCGAAGCAGAAGAGGUUCGCUCUUGCAAACAUCUCCUUCGAGGCUUGCCUUUUGCCUGCCACCACGGUUGCCCAAGAAGUAGUGCUGACAGCCUGCCUCGGCCCCAUCCUGCUGUCUGACAUCGCCGUUCCCUGCCUGUCCCGGCUCUUCGCCGCGGACUCUUGCGAGGCCAAGGGGGCGAUUGUCUCUGCAGCUGUUUCUCUUAGCCUUGGCGCCUUGCGCCGCCCUUGCACCUGUUCUGGGAAGCACGUGCCUGUCAGAGGCAGGUUGGCCAAGGCUUCUGCAACAUACACCCCGGGCCUCGUCCACGAGAUGGGCAGGAUUUUCUCCCUUGCCAUUCGGUCCGUCCGUGCACAGGUGCAGGCUUGUGAACUUGAGGUGGCCGGCCUCGAGAGGGCCUCUGCGUCUGCUUUGGCUAGGUGGCGAACCGACGCCGUCUGGCGCUGGCCCAACCCGGUGCACAUCAACAUCCUCGAGUCAUCCACUAUCUGCCGCCUUUUCCUUCGCCUUGCUUGCCUCCAUGGCCCGUGCCGCUUUGCAUACCUCUGCGACUCCAACGUGGCCCAACUUGCCAUUGGGAGGGGAGGUCCGGAAGCGGACUUCGCCAUGUGUGCCGCCGCUCCUCUUGCAUCUCCCUUGCAGUGGGCCUUUAUCCAGGAUCCUGUGCGAUGCUGCGAGACCUCGCCUUCGAAAGUGGGCAGCAAAUUGGGCCGACCGGUCCUGCAGAUGACGAGGUCUCGGCGGGAGAAGCUCAAGGCCCUCUUCGCAGGCUGGCUGUUGGGGCAGGGCAGGUCUUUCGACGGCUUGCUACAGCUGGCUAGAACAGAUGUGGAGACAGCAAACGAGAUGCUGAUUUUGUUUGGAAAGUGGCUAUACGAAUCAGGGAAGCCUUAUUCUUUCUACUCCGAGACCAUCAACAUGUUUAGCUCUGAAUGCCCGGCAAUACGCCGCCUCUUACAGCCAGCCUGGGGCUUAGCCUUCAGCUGGCUUCGUGAGGAGCCCCCCGUGCAUCACACGGCGAUGCCCUGGCAAAUUCUGGCAGCGAUGCUUACUGUCUGCCUGGUCUACGGCUGGACACAAGUUGCCGGAGUGCUGGCUUUGAGUUGGGGUGGUCUCGCCAGAGUAGGAGAGGUGAUGGCGGCCUACAGGCGCGACCUCGUGCUUCCUGAGGACGUUGGAGAGAACUUGACAUACGCGCUCAUGGCUGUCAAAGAGCCAAAGACUCGUUUCCAAACUGCUCGGCAUCAGUGCAUCAAAGUGGACCAGCCCCAGCUGGUUGCAAUAGUGAAGCUGGCUUUUUCAAACUUUGAGCCCGACAUGAAGUUGUGGUCCUGGUCUGGCUCUACCUUGCGGAGCCGUUUCAAAAAGCUGCUGGCUGCGCUGGACCUUCAAUCUGGGAUUCUGCCGGGCGUUCGUGACCUCGACUUGGGCUCCCUCCGCGCGGGUGGGGCAACGUGGUUGAUGAGCGUUACUGAAAACCCUGAUUUCGUUCGGCGCAGAGGGAGAUGGAUAAACAACAAGGUCAUGGACAUCUAUGUCCAAGAGGUGUCAGCCAUCCUCUUCCUGCCGAGGCUGCCACUGGCCUUGAAACGAAAGAUUUUUUCGCUGGCAAAUGGGUUGACUGAGGCGAUCGCUUUCGCCUCGAGCUGCAUGCAAAUGAAGCUUGAAAGCAAAACGUGGUUUUUCUUGGCUUGUCGAGGCGCUAUGCUUUAG